CCGCGUAGUCCGCUUGAACGGGAAAGAUGGCGGCAGGUUGUGUUCUGCAUUACGGUUCGGUGUCAGUCGGUUGAAUUGUCAGCUUUAAAAUCGUAUCAGACAAGUGUUGGGGGGAGUUCGUUGGAAUCUCGGCGAUUUGGAGAUUUUUGGUUCAUAGUUACGGCUGUGUUUGGAAAGAGAGAACUUGCUAAGUCUUUACAAUGGCUACAGGAGGGUUGCCGUUAGAAGAUCACCUUGAUGAUCAAGAUUGGGUUGUCAGCAAUAGUAGCCUUGAAGACAGACUGAACAACAUGGAUUGGGGACUACAGCAUAAAAAAGCUAAUAGAUCUUCAGAAAAAAAUAAGAAGAAGUUUGCUGUUGCAGCUGAAACCAGACUGACCAAUGACAUUUCUCCAGAGUCUUCACCUGGAGCUGGCCGCAGAAGAGCAAGGACACCUCAUUCAUUUUCUCAUGUGAAAUACGCAACUCAGAUGUCUGUUCCAGAGCAAGCAGAGUUAGAACGGUUAAAACAGAAAAUCAAUUUCAGUGACCUUGAUGAGAGAAGUAUUGGAAGUGAUUCUCAAGGCCGGGCCACAGCUGCUAAUAAUCAGCGACAAUUUGCAGAGAGCAAAAAGCCAUUCAACUUUUUACCUCUCCACGUCAACACUAAUAAGAGUAAAGAAGUUUCAAAGACACUAAGUAAAGAGACCAAGGAGCAAUCAUUGAGUAAAGAUCAUGUAGUUCCUGUGCUGAGCAAAGAUUUGCUGGACCAUAUGCACCAACUUGGAGAGAGCCGAGAAGAUCUUCCAGUUGAAACCAGCCAAAUUGUUAGCCGUCUUAUCCAGAUCCGGGAAUAUAUUGCAAAAGCCAGCUCAAUGCGUGAUGACCUUGUGGAAAAAAAUGAAAUUUCAGCUAAUGUGGAGCGACUUUCCCAUCUCAUCGAUGAUCUUAAAGAGCAAGAGAAGGCCUACCUGAAACUGCUACAAAAGAUGUUGGCCAGAGAGAAUGAAGAUGAGGUGCGCACCAUUGAUUCUUUUGUAGGAUCUGGAUCUGUAGCAGAGAGCACCUCUCUAAAUAUAGAGGUUCAGUCAGAAGCUUCAGUUGCCACGGGACGAGAUUUGCAUCGUGAUGCAAAGGAGGAGCUUGAAAAUCUUAAAAAACAACAUGACCUUUUAAGAAGAAUGUUGCAGCAGCAGGAACAACUGAAGGCACUCGAGGGAAGACAAGCAGCACUACUAGCAAUGCAACACAAAGCGGAACGAGCAAUAGCAUUCAUGGAUGAGACAGUUAUCACUGAAACUACUGGAAGUGUGUCAGGAGUCAGCAUUACAUCAGAGCUGAAUGAUGAAUUAAAUGAUUUAAUACAGCGAUUCCACAAUCAACUUCAUGAUUCACAGGCUAAAUCUGUUCCUGAUAACCGAAGACAAGCAGAAAGUCUAUCCCUUACAAGAGAAGUUUCCAGAAGCCGAAGUACACCACCAUCAGAGCAGCCUCCCCUAGAAAAUGCCAAGCUUAUUAAGCUUAAGGAGCUCCAAGAGAAAAAGCAUUCUAUGGAUAAGAUAUUAGAAGAGCUUCACUGCUUGAGAGACCAAACCCUUAACAAUUCAUCAUCUUGUCAGAGAAGUAUGGAUCAACGAAGUAUAGUAUCGGCACCUGCAGGAGCAGCAGUGAACCAUGAUCCAAACAGCCGGUUGUCAGUCUCUCGUGUGAAUUCAACUAUAUCACACAAUGAAAGUGAAGUGGAGGAGAAUGUCAACCCCACUGAGAAGCUGAGAAAACUGAAGGAAGUUCAUAAACGAUUAAAUGAGCUCCGUGAACUAGUUCACUACUAUGAACAGACAUCUGAUAUGAUGGUAGACACUAUAAAUGAAAAUACUAAAGAUGAUGAAACAGAGGAAGAGUCUAUUUUUGAUUCUGAUCAAGAAAACAUUGAACCCAUUGCAAACUUAAGAAAUCCGAAGAGGAGCAGUAACUUGAUGGAAAUGAAUUCUUUGACAAGUCAUCACAUUGGCAGUAAUAAUAGGGAUGGGAGACUAAACACUGAGUGUGAGAUUAAUAACAGAUCUGCUGCCAACUUGCACAGUUUAAAUAUUCCAUCAGUCCUUGAAUGUCAGUAUAAUAGAGAAAACUCGUAUAAUGAAGAAGACCGAAAUGAAGAGGAGCAAAAUGAUGAUGAUGAUGAUGAAGGAAGUGAUGCAUCAGGUUCCAGUCAAAAAAGCGGUCUUGAGGCUGACCCAGAAUUUGCACAAAAAAUUCACCGACUCCAUACUGCAAAACAGAAACUUAAACAGCUACAGGAGCUUGUUGCAAUGGUUCAGGAUGAUGAAUCUGACGAUGUUGCUAAUAGUGCAGCCCUAGUGGAGGAAACAGAGGGGCUUCAACAGCCUAAUAAUAUCAGAGCUAAUGUCAUUAAAAUGCAGGAUGUCAUGAAAGAGAAAACAAGAGAGAAGUUCUAUGAGGCAAAGCGCAAACAGCAGCAAAAGGAGCUUAGACAGCUCCAUGAAGAGAGGCGUCGUCUUAUGGAAAUUCAAGAGAAGAUUCAGGAUCUGCAGUGGACAUGUCCUGAUUUGCAGUUUUCUGCAUCAAGCACGGCAAGCCAGCCAACAGCUUCAAAACGGCCAUGUGCUGCUUCAACUCCUGCUGUUUCCACCAAGACAGGACUUGCCAAGUCAGGCAUGGAUUCAGCCAGUGCUCAAGACAGCGAGCUAUGGUGUGAGAUGAGAAGGCACCAAAUCCUUCGUGAAGAAUUAAGGCAGAGAAGAAAACAACUUGAGUCCUUAAUGGCAGAACAUCAAAGACGAAAGGUUUUCAAUGACAAUUCAAAAGGUGGUGCAACAGAUGUUCCAAAUCCUCCGCAAAUGAGCAGUAAUGAAAGAACAAUGGCAACUUGGGGAGGGUCCUCACAGUGUGUCCUGGAUAAAGGUGAGGAGAGCUAUACUUCGGAAGAGGUGGCUUUGGAGGAAGAAGAGGAGGAAGAAGCAGCAGAUGAAGAGAGUAGUUCCAAUGACAAUUUUCCUGCUUACUCCAACAGAAGACUUAAUAAUUCAAGAAAAGCAAAGAAAGAUGGCUGGAAGGAACCACAUCAGUUUUCUGUUGAUGGAAACAUCCGUCCCCUGCAGAAGCCAAGGCAUCAGCAGCAAAAUGUCAAUCUAAAGCGGCAAGAGAAUCAUCUUUGGGUGUCAGAUCUUUCAUUUCUUGAAGAAAGGGAGCAGUGUAUGGAACAGAUCAGCCAGAUAAGGAAGCAACUUGAUUUUAGCACCAAAAUGUACCAAGCAUUGAUGCAAGACCAACAGAACCUCUCCUUUAUGCUUCAGUCAAUGUUGAUGAGUCCAUUUAACAUUAUGUCCAAUAGUACCAGUUCUCCUCAAGUUCAGUUUUUAAUGCAUCAGCUAAAUCAAUGCUAUAUGCAGUUGUCGUGGCAGCAGAACCAUGUGCAGAGACUGAAACAAAUUCUGGAUGAUCUUGUGCAACAGCAGGAAGAGCCUCAAAAAGUGGAAAAACGAAGACCAAAACAUCCAUGUUCAUCUUCCCCAUCUCCUAAUGUCUUUGUUCCAUCCAGCGUUUUCCCUACUUUGAAUACACUCAACAUGCCUGGUGUUGCACAGUUUUCUCCAUUAACUAACGGAUCAAACUUAAGCUUUGGUUUUCCAUCUGGUUUUGUGGAUACCUCUCGGAUUUCAGCGGGCCAAACUAGUGAACAGUGCCACCGCACUGAUCAUAAUACAUCUGCAAAAACUGAGUAUAUGGCUUUUCCAAAACCAUUUGAAAGCUCAUCGUUAAAUGCAUCUGAUAACAUACGGAAACCAAAUGGACCUGAAGGUGAUACUGAAAUGCAGGAAGCUUGUUGGGCUGAAAAACACUGUAUGGAUAGAAGUGACUCUUGUAUUCAGACAGAAAAACCAAUACUAACUCAGAAGGGCGGAAUAAGGCUUCAGUCUAAUGAAUGUAAAAGGGACAGGAAUUUGGAUGAGGAGUCCCUACAGAGUUUCAGUAGUUUUCCCGAUCCAGUUGAUCCUACAACUGUCACUAAAACCUUCAGAUCAAAAAAGGCUUCAGCUCAAGCUAGUCUUGCUUCUAAAGAUAAAACACCUAAAUCUAAAAGUAGCAGUGGAAGCAGCAGGAGGAGAAGGAAGAGUAAAAGUCGGAUUAAAAAUCCUGGAGCAAAUGCUGUUGAUAUUGACAGUGCAAGUUUAUCAAGUGAUAGUGACUUCACAAAAGAACAGGUUAACGUCUCCAGACAGACACAGGAACUUGAAACUGACUUCAACAAGCAAACCAGGGAGCUGCUGGAAAAUAAAUUAAAAUGCCCAAAAUCCAAUGACUUUUCUUCAGCACUUGUUUGGAGAGCUCCCUUCCAGUCACUCAGAAAUGCAUGCACUGAUAUUCCAGAAGCAAGCAGUGAUCUUUCAAUGUUUGAAGCUUUAAGAGACACAAUUUACUCUGAAGUAGCAACUUUAAUCUCACAAAAUGAAGGGAGGCCACAUUUCCUCAUUGAGCUUUUCCAUGAGCUUCAGAUGCUUAAUACUGAUUAUUUACGGCAAAGAGCUCUUUAUGCUUUACAGGACAUUGUGAACAGGCAUUUGACGGAAACAAAAACAAAUGAAGAGCAUGCUGCAUCUUUGAGUUCGGUUGUUUCAAACUCUGAACUAACUCCCAGUGAAAGCCUUGCAACUAGUGAUGUUGAAACUACUGAAAAGGUUACAGAGAGCAAACAGCCAUUCACCCAGAAAGCUAAUGAUGGAGAUGCCGAGUUUGGAGAUAAUGCAAGCAUUCUGUCCACAUCUUCAAAUCUUGAACCAUUUGCAAAUGAUGAUCUAGGAAACACUGUGAUUCACUUAGACAAAGCACUAGCUAGAAUAAGGGAAUAUGAACGUAUGAAACUCAGAACCGAAUGCACUGAAAACAGUACAGAUCCUGCUUCAGAUGAGCUUAUUGAUGCUGAAAGAGGUGAUUCUAGAAUCCAGAAUCUUUCUGUACAUUCUUCUUCUGAAAUCCCUUGUCCACGUAUUGACACUCAACAACUAGACAGACAAAUAAAAGCCAUUAUGACAGAAGUGAUACCUUUUUUGAAGGAACACAUGGAGGAUACUUGCUCUUCACAUCUGUUAACUUCGAUUCGACGUAUGGUUUUGACACUCACCCAGCAAAAUGACGAAAGUAAAGAGUUUGUCCGCUUCUUUCAUAAACAGCUUGGAGGUAUCCUGCAGGACUCUUUGUCAAAAUUUUCCGGUAGAACACUUAAAGAAUGUGGGGAAGAUCUACUUGUGGAAAUUUCUGAAAUCCUUUUCAAUGAACUGGCUUUCUUUCGGCUUAUGCAAGACCUUGAUGAGAACAGUGCUUCAUUGAAACAAAAAUGUAAAAAGAAAAAGGAACUUGCAGCUUCUCAACAAACAGUCUCAUCAGAGCCUGAAAAGGGAUUGGUGGCAUUUAACCAGUUUUACUACAAGUUAUACUCCCCAUCCUUACAGGAUAAAAAAGUUAUUGAAGGUGAACAUUCACUUGCUGGAGCAUGUGAAGAUGAAGAUAAAGACAUUGAUGAAACUGCACAGAAGCCCACUUCUUGUGAAAUGCAGGUGACUGAAGAUCCUCAUGUUCAGGGUACUUUAAGUAAUGAAGGGUCCGGCGAAGAUGAUGAUUAUGACACAGAAGAACUACCUUUGUCAAUAAGUCUUUCCAAAGCUGAAACUCAGGCAUUAACUAACUAUGGUAGUGGCGAAGAUGAGGAAGAAGAGGAAUUGGAAGAGUUUGAAGCCAGUCCUGUUGAUGUGCAGACAUCUCUGCAAGCUAGUAGUGAGGCUGCAGAUGAAGAGGAUCAGAAAACUGAUGAGGGAGAAAAUCUUAAAUCUAUGAAUGUAAAAGAAGAACUUGCACCCUCCUCUACUGAACAAGAUUUUCAUCAAACAAUUGAAGAUGAAGAUGCUACAGUUUUUCCUGUAACUUUUGAAGAAGCUGAAAAUAAACCAGUUGGGAAAGACACUUCUGUUGAAAUUACAAGUGACACGCAGAGUGCUACCAAUGAAACUAGUCCUUCCUCACAUGUUAGUGAGACAACAGUCACGGAUAGUAUUCAUCAGCAAUCUGGAAAUGGAGCUUCACCCAAUACCUCGGAGAGUUCGUUGCCUUGCAGUCCAGAUACAGACUCCCCUGUCCUAAUUAAUGAUUUUGAGGGAGAAUCUGGUAACCUAAGCCAAAAAUCUGAUGAGGAUGACUUUGUUAAAUUGGAAGAUUUACCAGUACAGCUGUCUGUGAUGCGUGAGGAAGAACUACUGAAAAGAAUUGCGGAAGAACAAAAAAGUAAUGACUUGUCUACUGAGACGAUCAAUGGAUUUACGGAUGAACUCCAUGAUCUUGCUGGAAACCCACUAGAACUAAAAGAGCCAGAGGUAAUUGAAGCCCAAAGCGCAUGAAGAAUUUGAUCACUAAUAUGAAUUUAUUUAGUUUUAUUUCUGUGAACACAGCACUGUGUGCCCACUUUUCUUCCUUUCUAUGAUUAAACUGUAAUAACAUGUAAAAUAAUUUGACAUACUGCCUUUUUAGGAUAGCGGUAGUGUGUGAACACUACAAAAAGCCUUGCUGCAUUAGAUAUGCAAAUUGUCAAGCACUGUUUUAAAUGUUUGUCUUAUUCCUUUUAUGUUUGAAUUUACCUUUUGAAGGCAUGUUGUAAUUGUAAGGUCUGAUCAUUCUGUUUUCAUGUUUUAAAAUGUUUACUAUGCAGUUUAAAAUAAAAAACUCUUCAACUCUU